AGGUAUAAAAGAGCUGAGCUCCUUGCAGACCUCUAUCCACUUUCCUCCACUUGACUCUCAACAACAACCGGAACUCCUUGUCUGUGUGAACAUGUCCUGUGGCAGCCUGUGUGUCCCCUCCUGUGGGGUGGCCACCCCGGCCCCCCUGAGCGACACGUGCAACGAGCCCUGCGUGCGGCAGUGCCCCGACUCCACGGUGGUGAUCCAGCCCCCGGCCUCAGUGGUCACCUUCCCCGGGCCCAUCCUCAGCUCCUUCCCCCAGCAGAGCGUGGUUGGCUCAGCAGGAGCCCCCGGUGUUGGAGGGGGCUACGGGGGCAGUUAUGGAGGCCGUGGGGGCUACGGAGGCUACGGGGGUUAUGGGGGUUAUGGGGGUUGGGGCUAUGGAGGCCUUGGUGGCUAUGGAGGUUAUGGGGGUUGGGGUUAUGGAGGCCUUGGGGGCUAUGGGAGCUGUGGCUAUGGGGGCUGGGGCCGUGGCUGGGGCCGUGGCAGCUGUGGCUCCUGCUAAACCCCAAACGUGCAGGGAGGUCAGUGCUGCCUCUGCCCUGGGGCUCCACAACCAGCCCCUCUUGGCUUCUCCCACCUGAGCCAGGAUGAAGCUUCCAGCCCCUCCUUAGGCUGGAGGAGGCUUUGCACAGGGUGACCCUGCAGACCCUCAGCUGGUGGCUUUGGGGUUUCCAGCACUGCCCCCAAAAGCUCCCCUCUCCCUGCCAUCCAACCAAGCUGUUCUGACCCUGGGAUGAGACUCUGCCCUGCUCUGCCCAGCUCGGAGACUCCCAACCUGCAAGAGGAAGGGGGAAUCUUUGGGGUGGAGCCCUGGGUUGGGCCUUGCUGCUGCCUUAGGAUUUUUGUG